UAGAAAAGAAAGAAGAAGAAAACACGGGAAAGAGAAGAGAAAGAGGGAAGUAAUGGGUUUAGGGUUUCAACUUCAACCCUAACCCUGAUUGAUUUUAAUUCCGACCACCAUCCUGUUCUGAUUCCGACCACCAUCCUCUUCUUUCUCUUCGAUUUUGCUCACGAUUACGACCACCACCUUCACGAUUCCGACCAUCACGAUUCCGACCACCAUCCUCUUCUGAUUCCGACCACCACCUUCGAGUUUGCGUUUUCAAUUGACGAGAUGAGUUUCAAUGUUGUUUUCCAUCAUGGGGGUCAGUUUGUAAGAGAUUUGAUUGUGUAUUAUAGGGGUGGUGAUGUAACUGUUGUUGAGGGUCUAGACAAGGAUAAAUGGAGUUAUUUUGAAGUAGAGGGUAUAAUGACAGAUAAAAAAUAUGCUAAGAAUAGUUUCAGAAUGUGGUGGAAAGUAGAGGAGGAAAUUGCUUACAAGAAGUUGAGAUUGGAUGCUGAUGCUAUGGAUAUUGUUGAUUAUGCGUUAAGUAACAAUGUUGAUGCUCAUAUAUAUCUUGAACAUGGUGUUGAUAAUAUGUUUUAUGUGGAUGCUCCUGUAUGUCUUGAAUUACAAGCGUUAAAUGAUGUUGUGGAAAAUGUUGAUGCUGGUGGAUUUGAAGAAAUUGAAGGUGAUUAUGGAGGUGAUUCUGAAAAUGAUUCUUAUAGCAGUGAAGAUGAAGCCAAAGGAAUUCAUUUGGAUGAUAGUGAAGAUGAGAGAGCUUUAGGAAUGGACGAUGGAUUUGGUUUAAGCGAUGGUGAUGAUCUAGAGUUUCAACCUUCAAGAAUGAUGAUUGAUGAAAAUACUUACAAUUUGAAAACUCAUUCAAAUGAAAAAGUGGGGGGAGGUAGUUCAAGUAGUGCACCUGCAAUAUGUGAUGUACCUGAUGAAUCACUAAAUGACAAGUUUGAAAUUGAACAUGAGUAUCUCAAUGAAGAACUUGGAAGCAGUGAUCCUGAUGACUCUGACAACGAGAAGGGACUUAAAGAUGACAUUUUUAGGAUGGAGGAGUUGACCAAGAAAUACAAGUUCAAUGUUGGGUUGCAAUUUAAAUCAUUGAAUGAGUUCAAGGAUGCUAUUAUAGAGUGGAAUGUUCUAAAUGGGAAGGAGAUAAGGUUCAAGAAAAAUGACUUGGAAAGGGUUAGAGUGGAGUGCAAGAAGAAGUGUGGUUUUGAGGCUCUUGUAAGUAAAGUGGGAGGCAAGCACACAUUCAUGAUGAAAACAUGGAAAGGAGACCACAAAUGUUCCUGGCAAACAAAAAAUACAAGUGCUACUGCCAAGUGGGUGUCAAAGUCAGUAGCUAACAACAUGUUUACGGGUGACCAUGUGACGAUAAAUGACAUUGUGGAUUUUGUGGGGAAAAAUUACUCUGUGAAUAUCACCUUUUGGAGAGCUUGGAAAGCAAAACAGAUGGCUAAGGAAAUUGUAGAAGGUAAUGCUGCGCGACAAUAUAGUCUAUUGUGGAGGUAUUCUGCGGAGCUUAAGAGAGUAUGUGCCGGUAACUCGUGCGAGAUCAACAUGGAGAGACCACAUCCAACUUUACAGCCUAGGUUUGGAAGCUUUUAUUUUUCAUUUGAUGGUUGCAAAAAAGGAUUUUUGACAGCAUGUAGACCUUUUAUCGGUGUUGAUGGUUGUCAUCUAAAGACUAGAUAUGGAGGACAACUUCUUAUUGCAGUUGCAAGAGACCCAAAUGAUCAAUAUUUUCCUUUAGCAUUUGGAGUGGUCGAGACUGAAACCAAAGAAUCAUGGAGAUGGUUUCUAACAUUCUUAUUAGAGAAUAUUGGACAGGAUAAAAGAUGGGUUUUCAUAUCUGACCAACAAAAGGGGUUGAUUUCUGUUUUUGAGGAGAUGCCUCUAAGAUUAGAACAUAGGUUAUGUCUGAGGCAUCUGUAUGCCAACUUUAAGAAAAGGUUUGGUGGAGGCACUCUAAUAAGCGAUCUCAUGAUGGGGGCAGCUAAGGCAACCUACUUGCAAGCUUGGGAGAAGAAGAUGUCAGAGUUGAAAGCGGUCAAUCCGAAGGCAUGGGAGUGGCUGAUGGGUUUUCCCACAAAGUUGUGGUGUAAGCAUGCUUUGUCUUUUUAUCCUAAGUGUGAUGUAUUAAUGCAUAAUAUUUCAGAGGCAUUCAAUAGUACUAUCUUGGGUGCUAGGGCCAAGCCAAUUUUAACUAUGUGUGAAUGGAUUAGGCUUUAUUUGAUGAAUAGGAUGGCAACUUUACGGUAUAAACUAGGUAGGUACGAAGGUAGGAUAAUGCCUACACCUAUGAAGAGAUUAAAUAAGGAGAUUGAACUUAGUGGAGGAUGGUCACCACACUGGUCUACACCAACAUCUUUUCAAGUUACUCAUCAUCUUAAUAACAGUGGUUUUAUUGUUAACUUAGAUAAAAUGACUUGCACAUGCAACUUUUGGGAGUUAGUAGGCAUACCUUGUAGACAUGUUGUAGCAGCUAUGGGUUUUAUAAAUCAAAAUCCUGAGGACUUUGUUGAUCAAUAUUAUUCAAAGGAAGCAUAUGAACUUUGUUAUAGUUUUAGUGUUAGUCCUAUUAAUGGUCAAGAUAUGUGGCCUACUAUUGAAGUUGAAGACAUGCUCCCCCCACAAUACAAGAGAGGUCCUGGUAGACCAAAAAAGUUGAGGAGAAGGGAAGCUGAUGAAAACCCAAAGACCGGAAAACAUAAUACUAGGGGUCUUAAUAGGUGCACAAAUUGUGGCCAGCCUGGUCAUAAUGCUAGGGGUUGCAAAAGAACAGAAGUAAACCCAUCUGCACAGCAAAGAAAGAGAAAACCCAAAAAAAAUGCUCAUGCAGCGACUACCUCCAAUGCACCUGCAAAUGCUGCUUCAAAUGCAGAAACACCUUCUAAUACACCUGUCACUACUGCUUCAAAUGCACCUGUUGUGACUGCAUCCAGUGCCCAAGUUUCACAUGUUACUAUUGUGCCUGUUUUGAUUGCAUCUGGUGCCCAAGUUUCACAUGUUACUGUUGCACCCAUUAAAAAGAGUAAAGGCAAUAAAACAAAGAAAUCUGCCUCUAAUAUCAAUUCUAAUGUACGUGCUGUUGAUUGUAAUCAAAGUGGUGCUGUUGAACUUAAUGCACCAAUUGACAAUCAGUUAAAUGACGGCGACGAUGAUGAAAUUGUAGCAGCUGUCGAGGAAGCAGAACGUGCACUUGGCAUUAAAACGGUUCAUGCAAGCCAACCCACACCAUCUUUGAAAAUUCAAAGGCAAAUUGCCAAACCAUUAAGUUGCACUGCACCACAAAAGGGAAAGAAGCGAAAACCUACCGAGCCAUCAAGGGUGAUCUCAAAAAAUGCAAGAUGAAGAUAAACCUCUCAAAGAUAAUUGAAGAUGAAGAUGGAGAUCCCAACGAAAAUCCAAAUGAAGAUUAUCGGAGGUUUUAGAACCUAUUGAUGUAUUUUGUGAAUUUGAGACCUAUGUUUAACUCACUAUAUUUUUUGUGCAUUUUGAGAAUUAGAGGCUUAUGUUGCCAACUUACUAUCUAUGUGGUGCAUUUUGGUUUAUUUUGAGAUA